AUGGAGGGAUCGGCGACGGAGGGAAAUCACGGAGGCGAUCCCCGCGCCGAGCAUGCCGCAACCAAGGAGUCUGAGGCGGCGGCAACGCAACACCAUCUGACGCUGCUCCAGCCGACCGUGGUCGAAGUUUCUGCAGCCGUGCUGGAUAAGGACAAGGUGGGGGAGCACGAGUCGGUGGGGCUGGUCGGUGGCUCUCCACCUUCUGGUGGACGGGGGAGGCGUAGGCAGAGGAAGAAUGAUGGGGAGGACGAUUAUGACACCGCCGUGACCGGGGACCUCAUUACGCGGGCGAAGAGGCGGCAGACGACAGGUAGUGGUGACGACGCCGGAGGCGCGGCAGUUGGGACACCGCGAGGCGCCAAGGAAGCUAGUGGCAAGGCGGGCGGUCAAGCAUUGCGCCAGAAGGGCCUACCCGCAGCAAGAAAAGCAUCCGGCGGAAGGAGAGGCAAGAAAGCAGCGACGGGAACAAAGCCGAAACGGGGCGAUGAAGACCCCGGUGAUGCGGAGGAGGAGGAGGAUGAGGAGGAGGAUGCGGAGGGAGAGGAGGAUGAAGAGGAAGCGGAGGAGGAUGACGCGGAUGUUGGGGAGGAUGAAAAGGAUGAGAAUGAUGGCAGGGAUGACGAAGAGGAGGAGGAGGAGGAGGAGGAGGAGGAGGAGGAGGAGGAGGAGGAGGAGGAGGAGGAGGAGGAGGCAGAGGAGGAGGAGGAGGAGGAGGAGGAGGAGGAGGAGGAGGAGGAGGACGUGGCGCCAGUGAAGGGACGGGGCGGGCGUGGCAGACGGGUGAGUGGUACAGGGAAGGAGGGGGGCUGGACUCACCCUUCCCGAAAACGCGGGGCAGUUGACGCUGCGCGCGGCGAAGCAUCGGGCAAACCGAAGGCGCGUAAGGUGAAGGUCGAAAGUGAAGGGGUUGGUAAAAAGCAAGGGAGCCAGGGAGCAAAAGGGGAUGGAGGAGGAAAGGGUGGCCGCGCCAAAGGGGUUCCAGUGGGUACCAGCAAGAAAGAACCUGCUGGUAAACGUCGCAGCGUCCGCCAAAGCACCCCGCGGAAAGGUGGCAACGAGAAGGCGCAGGCUGCCCCAAAACCGAAGGGACAGCAGAAAGGUGAAAAUGCGGAGCACGAGCAUUUUGUUACACGGGAGGAGUUCCAGGCGCUGCGGUCUGAGAUGUACGCCAUGUUUGCACAGCUCGGCCUGCGUCGUGGAGUACCUGCCAGCUAUGCCGGCGGGUCGGCAGCCCUGCCUAUGGCUGGUACCCCGCCGCCGAUGAGCGCCGUGGACAAGGCACGAGUGAUAGUGUUGCAGGAGACAAACCCAUUCCCGGUAUGUGGCGGGCCACAUGGGGAGGGUUGGGGUUGA